CAUAUGUCUACACUCAGGAGGUGUCUGCUUGCUGAACAGUAGAACACUAAAGGGGAAAGCUGCGGUUUGCUGUGGAAUAAAGCACUUGCUGCGUGAUAAUGGAGUUUCCUCAGCACUCCCAGCAGCUUCUUUCAGCUCUUCGCUCCCAGCGGCAGCGUGGCUUCCUGUGCGACUGCACCGUCAUGGUGGGAUCAUCCCGUUUCCUGGCUCAUCGGGCGGUGCUGGCCUCCUGCUCACCCUUCUUCCACAUGUUUUACUCAGAUUCCCUGAACAGUACCGGUACAAAUGCUUCUGGCAGCUCCGUCACACUUGACAGCGACAUUGUCACGGCGGCUGCCUUUAGCCUUCUCCUGGACUUUGUUUAUGAAGGGGUGCUUCAGCUGGAGAAGUCUCCACCAUUGGAGGAUAUACUAGCAGCGGCAAGCUUCCUGCACAUGAAUGAGGUGGUGAGAGUGUGCAAAAGGAGACUGCAGAGACGAGGGCCCCUGGCUGAAGCAGAUAGCACUCGCUGCGAGGAGAACACUGGGGCAAGGAAGCUAAUAGAACCAGGGAGAGGGGAUGAGAGCGAUGGUGGAACUGAGCCCGUGGUAACCAUGGCAGUAGAUCUCUUGAAUCCCAUCACCAUGACAACAACCCUCUCAUCAGUGUCUGUAAUGGCACUACAGAGUACGUUGGAGUCUGUCAAGUCUGAGCACAGGAAUGAUACAGAUUCAUCAGAGGUACGAGUUCACACUCCCCUGAGUCCUGAUCACGCUGACACCACCCAGCCUGGCAUGGAUGCCUCUCCUCAUCUACUCUGUGGAGGAGAACUGGCGCAAGGAGUCACUUUGGGACAGUCAAUACAGGAGUCGGGAGGUCCCAACAGGUUGAGGGGUGGCAGUCAGGGUGAAGUCUCAGCUCUCUGCAGCCCAUGCAGCACCACUGAGACAUACAGCCACAGCAUAAACCAGCAGCCUUCCUCAUCUUCCAUAGUCUCGGAAGUCCAAGCUGGGUGUUUGUCAGUGGUCAUUCUUCCCCAAUCAGAACCCAAUAACUCCACAGGACUCCAAACAGCCCAUGAGAAAGACACUUCAACAGGACCAUCAGAGUGUGAUCGCAGAGAUACUGCAGGUGGAGAGCAACACACGGUCAGGGUGGCGCAUGCACAAAAUGAGUCAACACUCUCACUGUUACAGCAUUCACGUGCUAGUAUUCCAGUCCAGGGCACAGUCUCACUACAACGUGGAGGCCAGAACUCCUACUUCUCCACGCCUCAGACGUUUCAAAACGUGGCUGCCCCUGAGAGGGACACAGGAAGCGCUUCUUCUCUUCAACAGUUAAGGAGUGAGCACAAUGAAAGUGGCAAUCCAAAAGUCAAAGUGGAGGCCAUUGUUAUUUCUGAUGAGGAACAGGAAGAGGACGAAGAGCCAUGUAAAGCGAGCAGGCCGGUAAUGGAUGUGGACGACGACUUUGAAGAUGACAUUCGAGAUGAGGAGUUGAACACACUGUCCUCCCGCCAAAUGACGUCCGACUACACCUUCCCUGUCUCCCCUUCAUCCUCUUCUUCGCUGGCCGCCUCAUUCCUUCAACCUCCGUCCACCACGCAGCAAUCCUCUGAGCAUCAAGCCACCUUUUCAACAGACUUCCAGGACACCAUGGGGGGAAUUGAGGAUGUCCCGACGUGCUGCGUAUGUGGAAAAACUUUCUCUUGCACGUAUACACUAAGACGCCAUGCCAUCGUGCACACGAGAGAGCGCCCAUACGAGUGUCGCUUCUGCUACCGCAGCUACACACAGUCCGGAGAUCUCUAUCGACAUAUUCGCAAGGCUCACGAUCAGACACUGCCUCCCAAACGCAGCAAAACUGAUAUGGACCAAUAGCUGCAUCCACAACCACCACCACUUAGCUAACAAACAUCUGUCCAUCUUUUUUCAAUCCUAUUAAGCGUCAAGGAAAGGUGAAGGUAAGGAUUGAGCGAGAGGGCGGGCAAUACCGCACUUAAAAAGCCUUCCACACUCACAUUUCCACUGUCUGAAAGGACUAAACUCACCAGCGACACUGCUCACAAACUCUCUAAGUAAACUCUUGGUAAUUCAAGUUCUGAAUCUUGUUAUAACAGCAGGCAAGUUGGUUAGAAACUUCAUCUUGGAGUGUUGUGAGGAAAAUGUAGUUAUCACACUGGAGCAGAAAAGACAAGAGGAAAUAAGUUUAUGACCGUUUCAACCUUUUUCUACUGAUUCAACAUGCUAGUGAUCAGUGAAUGUGCUUUAACUGCUGUGUGAACCGCUGCAGUUGAGUAGUGCUGCAGUCAUUAGCCACGUUUACAUGCUGACUUUUAUUCAUACCGAUUCAAAUAAUUCCGAAUGGAAAUUUCAGAUCAGCUGUUUACAUGUCACUUCAUCUAUUCCGAUCCAGCGUUUACAUGUGUCUGCCUUUAUUCCAAAAGGACGUUUGACAACUGCCGUCUGACAUACGCAGAUUAAUCAAAACAAAGCGUCACGUUGCAAAACAUGGAGAUCGAUCGUCAGAUCAGCUGCUGUUUUAACUUUUCGAGUGGAAACAAAACUUCAGAAUGACACGCCGUUCAUUUAAAAAGUUGUGUGGGCUGGUGGAGGGAUUCAUGGAUAUAAACUUUCCGCCUGACUCCAAUUAGGUGCGCUGUGCGUGUGCUUGGAAGCCAUGUUGCAAGUGACGUUACUUACGUCACCAAGUGACGUCAUCACGUCAGUACGGAGCAUGUGCAGAAAGAACGCAACCAGACACCAUUCCGCUUCCCUGUUUACAUGAUAUAAUUUUACUUCUAAUCGGUUUGGGAAAAGGAAUAUUCCACCCCUGUGAAACGGAAUGAAAUUCCAUUCGGUUUGGGCCUGUUCAUUCCGAAUGAGGUGUUUAUAUGGAACACAUUUAUUCGGUUUGAACAUCUAAACCGAUUGCAAUUGGAAUAUUUGGCUCCAUGUAAACGUGGCUAAUGUCAGCAGAGGAAGAUGCGGUGGAGAGAAGCAUUUCAUCACAAAGAUGAAUAUAAACAGCUGAAACUGAAUGAGUUCAAUUUUAACUCCUUUUCUAUCAAUUACAGUCUGAAUAUUGAAAAGUUUAGAGUCUUCACUUUUUUAGAUUUUAAUCCUGGGAUUUUAAAGACUCAGGAAAUUUUCUAAUUGUGUUUAUUAGUUGACAAUAGAAGCUAAUGUUUAAAAUGUUUGCCGAACAAAGAAGUGGAGGGCCUCAUGCUUGUCUGUACCUCAGGCUUCCAAAUGACAAAAUACAGUAACACCCAUGUAUUGGAGAAAACAUAAAAUUCGCCACCAUAUUGUAAUUUUUUGAAAUGCACUUAUGCAUUAUAACUCACUCUGAACUGGCUGACAUCUGGAAGAUAUGUAAAUGUGAGCCAAUUUGAGCCACCAGAAGCCUUAUUCUAUCGUGUCGUGCAACACAAUGUGAACUCAGAUGCAUUUAGGUUUGUGACUUGAACUAUUUGUGUUGCAUGUAUCCUACUCGGAGAAAAGUGUAUUUUAUAGGUGAUCAGUUUCAGUUAUUGUGCUGUAAAAGCUACUUUUGUUGUCUUAUUGAAUGGGGCUAAUCACCUGUUUCAAGUACUGUGUGGCAUAUUUAGAUGUUUACAGCACAUGAUCUUUCACUUAGUAAUGUUUUAUUUCAACCUUCCCAUGGAUGUGAAGGGUAGUUCAUCAAUUCAGUGUGUCAUGUUUGUAGUUUUAAAUGUCAAUGUGUUGUUCAAUUUUACUGGAUUGAAUGAAUGGUGGUGUCUUUUAUUUUCUCAAUACUCUGUUAUAUGAAAAUGAUUAAUCAAACAGUAUGAACACCGGAUUUUGCCAACAUUGGUCCUCUCCAAGUUGCAUAAUUGUACUCUGUCAGGUCUUGAGUCCAGUGCUCUAAUUAUGCAGCCAAGUAUGCCAGACUAGAAGUUUCAAAAAUGAAAUGAGACAAAGUUUUGGUGAAGGAACAAGUGUUUGCCAAUGGCCUUUAGUUUGUCCUGUCCUCCGCCAAUCUGAAAAACCUUAUAAAUGUUUGUUAAUGUAUCUGUGUGAGUCCUCAUUCCCAUUCACUGAUAAAAAUGAAAACACGGUAGAAUAAUAAUUCUUAUGGUUAACUGAUUAGUCAGCUGGCUAGUGUGUCUACUCUUAUCUCUGGAUAACUUAGAAUAGUCAUGUUUCAAUGCAGUUUUUUUUUUUUUAAUUUUGGUACAAAAUUCUUUACAAAAUACAUAAAA